GAAUCUUUACAAUCAUGACUACCAGCCAAGAACAUAAACAGUGUUCAUCCAUAAUUGAAGAAGCUCUAUGGAAUCAAUAACUAAUAUAAAUUCUACCUUGCUGAACAACUGAGAGAGAUAAAAAAAUUAUGGAUAAUAUUCCUUAUCACAUGAUAAACAACCUGCGGCCUAACACAGGAAAUGGUUGGAGGCUCAAGGUUCGACUAACAAGAAUGUGGAACCAGAUGACCCGGAAUGCACAGAGGGUUGCAAUCAACUUGAUUUUCGUUGAUGCGCUGGGAGGGAGAAUUCACGCAACAAUUCCUGCACCAUACAUCGGCCAGCUAGAGAAUUAUUUUACUGAAGGAGAAACCUAUGAUGUGAAUAACUUUAUUGUUAGGCGAUAUGCGGACAUGCAACAUGGUAGAUGUUUUAAGAAUGAUAUCUACAUCCAGUUAAACAAUUUGACUGAAGUUAUGGUUACUGGAGGUGUGGAUUACAUCCAGCAGCAUGUAUUCGAUUUUACUGAUUUGGAUGCUUUGUACACUGCUGCACAGGAACAGAAAUAUCUGAUUGAUGUUGUGGGGAUUUUGGAACAAGCUGGGCCACUCACUCACUUUAGAAACCGCCUCGGUCAAGAAGAGCAGUAUGUUGAGUUUAGAAUCACGGAUAUGUUCACAUCGGCCAGAGCAGUUUUCUACAAUGAAAUGGCAGAAGAGUUUCACCAAGCUAUCCAACAAGCCAACCAACAUCCAAUAGUGGUUAUCAUCUCGAGCUGCAAACCUCAAAUGUUCUCACAGGAGCCAAACGUAACAAACUUCCAAGCUACAAGAUUUUUCAUUAAUCCAAAUCAUGAGGCAGUUGAUGAUUUGAGGAACGCUUUAAGUGUGGCUAAUUGGCAAAACCACUAACGAGGUCCUGAGGUGAUCUGCUCUUUCCAAGGCCUGCUGUUUGAAGAGUUUCUCUUUCCGCUUAAGCAUUUUGUUGUUGUAUAAUCCAGAUUUAAAACUUCGUCAUUUCACUCGCUGCCUUUGCUUUCAUUUCAGUUUUUUAAAUAUAACCCGUGUGUAACCAAGUAUUAGUCUGGACAAAUGCUGUAAUGGGAACUGAAUUUCAUUUCGGUACAAGCUA